ACUUCCAUGCCUUCCCUCCCAAUUUAACUCUCUCUCUCUCUCUCUCUCUCUCUCUCUAUGACGGCGACGGCGACAGACGACGAGUUAGUUCUAGAACGCAUACGCCAACACCUCCUCGGAGAAUUCACGUCUACACAGUCCUUCAUCACCAACCUCAAUUUCUCCAACUCCUCUCAUCAUCAUGACUCUAUCUUGGACAUCAAACCCAUUUUCUCUUCCCAGAAAUCGGACCUUUCAGUUUCCUCCUCCGGCUCUGGGUCCGACUCCAACUCCAACUCCAACUCCUCUCUCAUUUACUUGAAUCCGGACCUCGAUUUCUCCGAUUACGAAUCCAAGCCUGAAAUUGCAGAUUUAAGUCCAUCUUUGAAUGUCUCGGUUCAAAAACUGAAGACGAAUGAGAGUGGGUCGGGUCCGAGUGGUUUGAAUGGUGAUGAGGCGGAGAGAAGCCAUUACAGAGGGGUUCGGAGGCGUCCGUGGGGCAAGUUCGCGGCGGAGAUCCGAGAUCCGAACCGAAAAGGGUGUCGGGUCUGGCUGGGGACGUUCGACGCGGCUGUUGAGGCGGCUCGAGCUUAUGACUGUGCGGCUUUCAAGAUGAGGGGAAGCAAAGCUAUCUUGAACUUCCCUCUGGACGCCGGAAAGUCUGACCCACCGGUCAGCACCGGCCGCAAGAGGUGGAGUGAGGGCGGCGCUGAGCGGAGCGAAGAAAGAAGAAGAAGAGAGAGCGAUUCGAGUCGCCGGAAUGUGACGACUUACUCUGACGGUGACGGUGUGUUUAACGGUGUUAUGUAAGAGUCUUUGUUGUGGGCAGGUGCUAAACGAUGGCGUCUUGAUCUUCUCUCUUAAGCACCAAUCAAAUGGGUGCAAGUGCACAUUAGCUGCGUGGACUGGACCGAAAAUAAGAAUUGUCUAAAACACAAAAAUCAAUUAUAAAAUUAAAUGCAACCUUUUUAUAUGAGAUGGAUCUCAUGGUUAUGUAAGAAAAAAUUAUAUCUGAUUUUAUGAUUAAUUUCUGUGUAAAUAAAAAAAUUUACUGUGAAGAAUGGGAGAGAAGAUGAAAGUGUGUGAAAUUGUUGUAACAGGGUGUAUUAGAGGAUGUACAUAUAUUAUAUUGUGGAAUCUCAAAUUAUCCUAGCAAUGGAAAUAAGGGGAAAUAUUUUAGAAUAAUAUUACCCUUAAGUUAUCAUUGAUUUUUCAAUUA